UAAUAAAGGAAGAAGCAAGCGAUGAACUUGAAAUGCUGUUUACAAACAGAGAUGGAAAACUUGAAAACAAUUGAAAGUUUUGAGGACGCUCAGCUUCAGUUUUCCUCAUGCAUGAUUCAAGAAAACAAGAAAAGGCUUCAACUUGGUGAAAAGAAAUUAAUUAAAAAUGGAGACGACGAACGUGUUUGUUCGGAGCGUGUUCACGGCGCAGAGGAUCGCGUACACCCUCGCAACAGGGGCGCCCUUCAUAUUCCUCUUCCUCAGCGGCCUCUUCUUCUUCAGACAAGAUUUGUUCGCGGCGGACGAGCGGCCGAAGGACACUUUAUUUUUCAAAAAGACCUACGACUUCAUAAUCGUGGGCGGCGGAUCGGCCGGCAGCGUUUUGGCCAACCGACUUUCCGAAGUGGCCGAUUGGCAGAUUUUGCUGCUCGAGGCCGGCGGACCCGAACCCACCCUGUCCGAAAUCCCUGCCCUGAUGACCGCCCUCCAGUUUUCCUACGUCGACUGGAAAUAUAGACCCGAAUGGACCGGCGACGCUUGUCUCGCCUACAAAGACGAAAGGUGUCGAUGGCCUCGCGGAAAGUGCCUCGGGGGCUGCUCGGUGCUGAACGCGAUGCUCUACAUCCGAGGCAAUCGCCGCGACUACGACCGCUGGGAGGAAUUGGGCAACCCUGGCUGGUCCUACGAAGACAUCCUGGCCUAUUUUCUGAAAUCCGAGGACAUGCGGAUCCGCAGAUACAAGGAUUCGCCGUUCCACAGCUCGGGCGGGCCCCUCAGCGUCGAAUACUUCAACUACCAGACACCUUUGGUCAGGGACUUCCUGGCUGCGGGCAACGAAAUGGGCUACCCUGUCAGGGACGUCAACGGCGGCCGGCAAAUCGGCUUCACAAGGUCGCACGCGACCAUCAGAAACGGCGUCAGGUGCAGCACGGCAAAGGCCUAUUUAAGACCGGCGCGAAAUCGGCCGAACCUGCACAUCAGCAUGUUCUCGCACGUGGAGAAGAUUUUGCUUGAAAACGUGGGCGACUGCGUGGCGGCGCGCGGGGUGGUUUUCAAGAAGAAGGGGGUGCGGCACACCGUGUUCGCCAGCAAGGAGGUCAUCCUUAGCGCCGGCGCCAUCAACACGCCCCAAAUCCUGAUGCUGUCCGGCCUGGGCCCUCGCGAGCACCUCGAAGACGUCGGCGUCCCGGUCUUCAAGGACAUUCCAGGCGUGGGCCAGAAUUUGCAGGACCACGUGUCGACGGGCGGCAACUUGUUUCUGGUGGACAACCCCGUGUCCUACGUCCUGCCCAGACUCCUGACCUGGGAGGCGAUGGAGAGGUUCAUCAAGAGGAACGAGGGGCCCAUGGCCACGUUUCCAGGAGCGGAAGUGAUGGCUUUUGUGGACACGACAGUCUUUCCGUGGGCCAAAAUCGACAACAGCACGGACAUUCAGGACGACUGGCCGGACAUCCAGUUGUUUAUCGGCGCGUUCGGCGACAACAUCGACGGCGGGGUCAUGGGUCGGAGGGCCAACGGCCUCUCCGUCGACUACUACGCGUCCGUGUACGAACCCGUGCUGUACAAAGACGCGUUCGGGGUGCACACCCUGCUGCUGCGGCCCUUCAGCAGGGGCAACGUCACCCUCAGGAGCAACAACCCCUACGACCCACCCAUCAUCCAGCACGGCUACUUCACCGACAGGAGAGACGUCGAGACCCUCAUUGCAGGCGCCAGGUUUGUGGUGCAGUGGGCGACGCAGACGGCGGCGCUGCGUCGGCACGGGGCGCGCCUCAACCCGAACGUGUACCCGCGGUGCGGCCGGCUGGGCAUCAACUCGGACGACUACUGGGAGUGCGUGAUUCGCCACUACAGCCAGACCAUCUACCACCCGACGUGCACCGCCAAAAUGGGCCCCGCCACCGACCCCAUGGCCGUGCUGGACGCGCAGCUGCGGGUGCGCGGCGUCGACGGCCUCAGGGUCGUCGACGCCUCCGUCAUGCCCAACAUCGUGUCCGGCAACACCAACGCGCCCGUGAUCGCGAUCGCCGAAAAGGCCGCCGACAUGAUCAAGGAGUGGUGGUUCGCGUGGGGCGACCAACCCUACGUCAAGUGCAGAGACCUCAACGUCACCUUCCCAGGUUUCGACCUCGAUUUCGGAUUCAAAAAGAAGUAGAACUAUAAAUUUUUAAUAAAAUUAACAUGAUU